AUGUAUCGUCAAGUACUUGCUGCACCGUCGGACCGUCAAUUCUUGAGAAUUUUCUGGAGAGAAAAACCAUCGUUACCGUUGCGCGUGUUGGAGUUGUGCACCGUUACAUAUGGCACCGCAUCGGCACCAUAUCAAGCAACUAGAUGCUUAGUGCAACUCGCCGAGGAGAAUGGCGAGAUGUUUCCCAUUGCCGCUCGCAUCAUUAAGGAAGAGACAUAUAUGGAUGAUAUCCUCUCAGGUGCCGGAUCAGUAGAGGAAGCCAUUAACGCACAACAACAACUGAAGCAGCUUCUUUCACAAGGAGGAUUUCCCAUACACAAGUGGUGCUCCAACUCCCAGAAGUUUCUAGAACGCAUCCCAGUGGAAGAGCAAGAGAAAAGAAUAACCUUGAAAGAGCGUGGAGUAAAUGAAGCUAUCAAAGUGUUGGGAUUACUUUGGGAUCCAUCUGCCGAUACUCUAUGCAUUGCUGCACAUCCAAAUCAACCAGCUUCGCAACCAUCUACGAAACGAGUAAUAUACUCAGAAAUUGCCAAAUUUUUUGACCCCCUCGGCAUGGUAUCACCGGUUAUAGUUAUAGCCAAACUUCUAAUACAGAAACUAUGGAAACUUAAAAUUGGAUGGGAUGAUAUAGUGGACGAUGAAACAACGCGUCAGUGGCAAGAAUUGCAAGCCUCACUUGUGUACCUCACCGACAUUCAGAUUCCAAGAUGUGUAAUAUUCGACAACGCGGUUGCCUACGAGCUCCAUGGGUUUUCAGACGCUUCUAUCGCAGCAUAUGGUGCAUGCGUAUAUUUACGAAGCAUUUUUGUCGAUGGCUCGGCGAAACUUCGUAUACUCACUAGCAAAUGGAAGCUGGCUCCAUUAAGCGAGCUUUCCAUUCCACGGAAGGAAUUAUGCGCCGCGCAUUUGUUAUCCAAACUAGUACAAAAGGUGCUACCAGCUCUGCAAAUAACAAUCCAAAGGUCCGUAUUGUGGUGUGACAGUACAAUCGUCUUGGCUUGGAUUAAAAAACCACUUAACCGGCUACAACUCUUCGUACGAAACAAAAUUGCUGUAAUCCAAAACCUAACCGGCGAGCAUCAGUGGCAACACGUCCGAUCUCAGCAAAAUCCAGCCGACGUUGUGUCCAGAGGUCAACUUCCCGAAUUCCUCAAGAAUAACAGUCUCUGGUGGAACGGCCCGGAGUUCCUACAAAUAGGAAAUUAUGAAAUGGAUGCUCCAGAAGAAAUACCAGAUGAUGAGCUGCCUGAACUCAAGGCCAUGGUGACAACAGCGGAGGAGAGGGCAGAUUUAGUGUCAUCUUUAAGCAGGUAUAGCAAUUUUCGCAAAAUUCAACGAAUCACAGGCUACAUGUUGCGCUUUGUAAAAAAUUGUCGCAAAAGAAAUCCAGAACAUCGAGAACUUCAAAAACAUUUGACCGUCUGUGAACUUCGUCACUCAGCCGAUGUGCUCGUUCGUCUCAUACAACAGCAGCGUUUCGCCGACGAAAUCAAGCGAGUUCGUGCCAACAAACCUUGUAGGAGACUUGGAAAUUUACGCCCUGUAUAUAUCGAUGGACUUCUUCGAGUAGGAGGUCGAUUGGAUCACUCGCAGUUACCUUUUGAGAAUCGUCAUCCUGUCAUAUUGCCAGAUAAGGAUCCGAUAGUGCGAUCAUUAGUUCUACAAAUGCACAUCGAGAUGCUCCACGUAGGCCAGACUGGUCUGAUGAAUGCCAUGAGACAAAGAUAUUGGCUUCUGAAUGCUAGAUCUACUAUUCGAUUGAUAACACGUCGCUGUGUAAGAUGUUUCUGA